CUGUGUGUGUUGUAUAUGCGUGCUUGUGUGUGAGUGUUUCUGAAGGGUUUCGGAUUGGAGAUGAAGAGAGAAAAAAGGGCAGUUUUGAGGAAGUGACGGACGGCGCACAGGGGACUGGUCAGAGGAAGUUUGCUCGGUGCUGGUGCCGUGCUGCUGCUGAGCCAAACUUUUCCCCCUUUUUUUUUUUAGCUCCAGCGACACCGCGGAUCGGGAAGGGACGGAUCCAGCGGCUGGGGGAGCGUUUGUUUCCUUUCUUCCGCAGCAGUACUGAGGAAUAACUUGGGAGAGAGAUUGGGAGAAAAAAAGAGGGGAUCGUAGAGGAAUUUCACUCCUGCAACCAACCCCCCCUCCCCUUCUCCUCUUCCCCUUUACCCCCCCUCUUUCCCUCUCUGUUCCCCCCGCGCCUCCUCCGAUUUUUCUCCGGGAUCCGCGAUGGGGAAGGAGCAGGAGCUUCUCGAGGCGGCUCGCACGGGAAACCUGGCCGCAGUGGAGAAGCUUUUAUCCGGGAAGAGACAGUCCGCUGGCACCGGCGGUGGCUCGUCUGGGACCGGGGGAAGCGGCAACAGCGGCGGCCACGCCACCUCCUCUCAUCCGCUCUCCAGUCUGCUCAGUAUCUGGAGAGGCCCCAAUGUGAAUUGUGUGGACAGCACUGGAUACACCCCCCUUCACCACGCAGCCCUGAAUGGACACAGCGAGGUGGUGGAGGCACUGCUAAGAAACGAGGCCUUGACCAACAUCGCCGACAACAAGGGCUGCUACCCUCUCCAUCUGGCUGCAUGGAAGGGAGAUGAACAUAUCGUCAAAUUGCUCAUUCACCAAGGACCUUCACACCCCAAACUCAACGAGCAGAGCUCUGUAGACCAUAAAGAGUUCAAACGCUGUGGGCCCUUUGACCCCUAUAUUAAUUCCAAGAACAAUGACAACGAAACGCCACUGCACUGUGCUGCCCAGUAUGGCCACUCCCGGGUGGUGCGGCUGCUGCUGGAGGAGCUUACAGACCCCACCAUGAGGAACAACAAGUUUGAGACCCCGCUGGACCUGGCAGCACUGUAUGGCCGCCUGGAGGUAGUGAAGCUGCUGCUGAGUGCCCACCCCAACCUGCUUAGCUGCAACACCAAGAAACACACACCACUGCAUCUGGCCUCCCGGAACGGACACCUGUCUGUGGUGGAGGUGCUGCUGGAUUCUGGCAUGGACAUCAACUAUGAGACGGAGAAAGGCAGUGCCCUCCACGAAGCAGCCCUGUUCGGGAAGACAGAUGUGGUACAAAGGCUUCUCAGUGCAGGUAUCGAUGUGAACAUUGUGGACCAAAAGGGCCUGACAGCGCUGGAUACUGUCAAGGACAUGCCAUCCCAGAAGAGCAGACAGAUAGCUGCUCUCAUCCAAGGUCACAUGACUGGAAAACCCCCUGACAUUGACCUUCCUCCUCCACCGAUCCCUCCGCCUCAGGAGAGUCCCAGCCCUCGGAAAAGGGGUGAUCUAGAGAAAAUGAGCGAGUUGAUCUCUGGGCUGGCCCCAGGUCCCGAGGAGGAGAGCCCAUAUGAAGCUCUGUUUGAAGCCACCUCUUGCCACUCUCUGGACAGCCUCACCAGUGGCAAAUCCUCUGACAGGGACUCUGGACGGCCAGAUAGUGAAGCUGGCAAGAAAGAUCGCCUGGUUCACUCAUCACAUCCUGGCCCUGGUCAUGAAGAAGAGAUGAGCUCGGAGGCCUUGUACACUAACAGCAGUAUUGAUGAGCGAGGAGAGACACUGGCUGAGGAGGAAGAGGAUCACACGUAUGAGUUGUUGCUGACUGCACAGACCAAAGUCCCACCGCCCAGCCAGGAAUCCCGAUCUCAUAAAGAUGAAAACACCACUAUAAAGUCUUCCAACAGUGUCCUACCUCAGCGUAAACCCACUGCUCCAAACGACCUCAGAGGCCCGAGCAAGACGAAAGACAGUCUGCACCCUCCUGGACGGGCGGGCCCACGGCCAUCAGGAGAUAAGUCCCAGCUCAGCCAGGAUCAGGAAGCAGGUGUCCCAGAGCAGUUCACCGGCCUCCUGCACGGAUCCUCCCCUGUGUUCGACUCCCGAGAGGAGCCCCUUAGACUUCCAGGUGCUCUGCCACCCAGCCAGGGCCAGGCAGAGUCAAGAGGAUCUGCCAAAGCUAAAGAGGAAGUAGCAGCAGCUGCACCGCCACCAAGCCGUCCCAGUAUGGCCGCCAUCCUGACAGACUGUGAUCCAAAGGCAAUUUAUGCGACUGUGAACAAGGAGCCCAGGGACUCAGGGGCUGGGGCAGUGUCUGCUGGUAGGAUGCGCCCUCCUGGGGACCUGAAGCUGGCACGCAGCCUCUCAAAGUCAGACUCAGACUUGCUCGUGUCACCUCCUAGUGAGGAGGAAGGAGGACUGGGAAACCGUAGCGAGUCUGUUUCUAACUGUAGUACUGGAAAGAAGAGGCUUGAGAAAUCUCCAUCUUUCACGUCAGAAUGGGACGAGAUCGAGAAGAUCAUGACACUGAUUGGUGCUGGCAUCGAUUUUUCCAGAGAUCAGCAGUAUGCUACACCAGGUGCUGCAGGCCGGCUGCUGGACCAGCCUGUGGGAGACUGGCUGGAGCACGUGGGGCUGCCGCAGUACGAGAGCAAACUACUCCUCAAUGGUUUUGAUGACCUGCACUACAUGGGGAGCAAUGUAAUGGAGGACCAGGACUUAAGAGAGAUUGGGAUCACAGACCCAAGCCACAGAAAAAAGAUCCUGCAUGCAGCACGUUCUUUACCCAAGGUGAAAGCACUGGGCUGUGAUGGCAGCAACUCUCUGUCCUCCUGGCUGGAGAAUCUGGGCCUGAACGAGUACUUACACAACUUCCUGGCCAGUGGCUACCGCACUCUGGACUGUGUCAAAAACCUUUGGGAACUGGAGAUUGUCAAUGUGCUAAAGAUCACCCUACUUGGUCACAGGAAACGCAUCAUUGCUUCCUUAGCUGAGAGGCCCUAUGAGGAGCCUCCUGUCAAGCCUCCUCGUUUGUCUCAGAUCAGGUGCCAAGACCUGCCUGGAUCCCAGACCUCAUCUCCGCUUAAUCUGAUGGAGUCUUACACAGGACGCUCAAUGGACCCUCUGCUGCCAGUCGGAGAACCAGGGAGGAAAAAAGUGCAAGAUUCCGACUACGACGUCACCCAAAGACAUCGCAGUGAACGACACAGAUCGCAUGAACGGUAUGAAGAACGGCAUCGAGAACCCCGUCUGACCCUGCGGCCGCCUAGUCUGGCAGCACCGUACGCUCCAGUCCAGAACUGGCAUCACCAGCCAGAGAAGCUCAUCUUUGAAUCCUGCGCCUACGAAGCCAAUUACCUCGGUUCUAUGCUUAUUAAGGAUCUGCGAGGUACUGAAUCCACCCAGGACGCUUGUGCCAAAAUGCGGAGGUCGACAGAACAAAUGAGAAAAGUCCCGACCAUCGUCCUCUCCAUCACGUAUAAGGGUGUGAAGUUCAUUGAUGCAGCCAAUAAGAACAUCAUUGCAGAGCAUGAGAUCCGUAAUAUUUCAUGUGCAGCACAGGACCCAGAAGACUUGUGCACAUUUGCUUACAUCACUAAGGACCUGCAGACCAGUCAUCACUACUGCCACGUGUUCAGCACAGUAGACGUGAACCUGACCUAUGAGAUUAUACUGACACUGGGGCAGGCAUUUGAGGUAGCCUAUCAGCUGGCUCUGCAGGCCCAGAGGACCAAACAGCACCAGAACUUUCCAGUGGGACCCGGUUCAGAGGUCAUUGAGACCAAGUCCAGCCGACCUGUACCCAAACCACGAGGCAGCGUACGGAAGUCAGGGGGAGACAUUGUGGACCAGGAGGGGGACUCUCAGUCCCAGGGCAGCGCCACGUGGCUCGUGGACCCCAAGGAAUCCAAGCGCACCAUUAGCACUAAGCGACGGCCGCUCUGAGGCUUUUCACUCUGAUCUUUCAACUCCUGACUACGAGUCCUGAGAAAAUCUUGAGUGACCCACUGCACACAUCCUGUACCUGGAUGGACAUGUUUCCUGAGGGAACUGUGAAACUGCUCCCACCAUUCUAUGCAUCAGUUGGACUGUAGCAGACUGUUUCUGUUCAGGGGGAUGCAGGUUGUGCUGUUGAAGUGAUUUAACAAGGGGGAGAUUUUUCAUUGUCAGUGGUCUGUCGGAAGCCAAAGGAGGCUAAGAUUCUUGCACUGUGAUAAAGUCCUUUUAUGGAGCUAAUAAAAUAAGCAUUUUGAGGGAUUUUCUUGGGGGGGCACAGAGGAUAUGGACCUGCAUGUUAGAGGUCCUCACCGCUGCAGAAAAUAGACAGUACAAAACUGUCUAAGACUGGCAUGUUCUCCUCUGUCUAUCAAUCAGAGCACCAGGAUUAAAACCUGAUGCUUCCUCUGGAGUGAACUAACUAUAACUAAGCACUUUCACCAAAUCCCUAAGUGUGUAAGAAUAAGCGCACCUUCCUCUGUCCUGUCUUUCUUUUUCUUCUUCUUCUUCUACUUCUUCUUCUUCUUCUUCUUUUCACAACAAAGGCCUUCUAUGUUCAUCCUGCCUUUGGUUUUGCCAAUCACACCAAGUUAAUAUUUCACUGCUGCCAGUGAAAAGAGUUAAUCAUUAUAUGGGGUGUGGGUAAGGGUGAUCCAUCACAAUGUUUGUGUUCAUUAGUUCAUUGUUUUUUUUACUCUAUUUUAACCUCACUGCAUUGUGUGCAUGUGUCUGUGUCCCUUCCCUGUAGCUGAACACUGUGACCACUCCCAGCCAGUGUGAAAGGACAGGAAUGAGCCCUGUUGCAUGAUGGGUGUUUUUGUGUGGAAAAGUGACCUACUUCUCAUGCAGUGGAUCACAUCACCAGUCGGACUGUUGCUCGCAUCUCACCACAGUAACACAUCAGGUGGGGGGGACGAGGGUGGGCCUGGAGAAAAACGGAACGCCAGGUUCUCAACACUGCACGGUCCAUCAGUUCAUCUGACCUCACCGACUUCAUCAACACUCCACACACACACACACACACUCACACACACACACACACACCUCCAUCUAAGCUUCCUGUCCAUCAGAAAGUGAUGGUUGUUAUGCUCUUUGCAUUUCCUGAGAAAUGAAUUGUGGCCUCCCAAAAGCUAUCAGCCUUUGAGGCCUCCCUCAUAGAGGAUUUGUGUUUACUGUUUCAGGAAAUGUACCUGCAGGUUUCAAUGCAGAACUUAGUAGUUAAAAGGGGAAGCAGCUGAGAUAAAGAACUAUUUGUUUUCUGUUAUGAUACAAAGGUACAAACUGAGGCGUCAGACAGAGACCUCGCACUGUAGGUACACACUCCUGCCUGGAUUAUUCGUCCUGUAUCCAAAUAGUAGCGUUUUCUCAUGACCAUCUCACCCACAACAUACAUGUAUAACUGUGAUAAUUUAAUCUUGCACGGGAGGUAUUCUCUAACCAAACUUAAAGGACGAAGGUGCAGAGAAACUGACACUACAAAGACUGUUUUAUAGUAAUAUAACAGGGGAUGGCUUUUAUUUGAUUUAAAGCGUUGUAAUUUUUGUUUGUUUUUUGUAUAUUUUUAUUGUUUUAUUGGACAAUGGUGUGUCCUAACGCGGGAACUGGAUCAGGUGUGGUUCUCUGCAGUUCUCUCCUUCCCUGCUUCUUUGUUCAGUUAAUCUAUUCAAGAUUAUUCACCACACCUGCCAUGCAGGCUGGUACUUCUUUAGAUUUUAGCUGCAGAACAGAACAAUAGGGCACAGCAUGUUUCUCUUAGCUAACUCCCAGUAUGUUGACUGUUGAUGGUACUUUUUGGUCAGCCGAUGUGUAUAUGGGUACAUAGUCAGGUCGUUUUUGAUUUAACCGUUGUAUAUGUGGUACGUUGUCAGGCCAGUAUGAUAACUCUAUGGUACACUGUCUUCAGCUCGCUGGUUGUCGGCACCUUCGGCCAUCAGCCUGGUCCCACUCUGCUUUUGCACAUUGCUAAGGAUCAGGAGAGAUAUUUUGGGACUAAUCUGAUGACAAUAAUGAUGAGAAUGCUAUUGUAUAUGAAUCUAGUAGUCUGUAUUUUGAUACUUGAAUGAUUUUUGCUUUUAUAGAUAUCCAUAUAUAUAUGUAUAUGUAUGUAUGUAUGUAAUUUUUUUGACGUUUGUCAAAAGAGAGAAAAAGGACUGUCUUAUAAAGUUAAACAUAUCGUGAAUAAAUACCCUGUGAUUUAAAAGAAAAAAAGGCUGAAAAAACAAUUACUCAGAAGAGGGACCUCACUUUAGAAAAAAAAAGAUUGUAAAUAAUCUUGGGCUUCCAGUCUUUUUUAUGAUUAUUUUUCAUAAUUGUACAACUAAU